UCGGCUGACGGGCGGAUGAGGCGGCGGCGGUGGCGGCCGCGGUUUGUCGGCGAGGCCAGGGCCGCGAUGCGUCUCCUGUGAGAGCAAGAGCGGCGGAAGCGGCGUGGCAGGGCGGAGCGCCAUGAACCUGAGGGGAUUGUUUCAGGAUUUCAACCCUAGCAAAUUUCUUAUCUAUGCCUGCCUGCUGCUGUUCUCAGUUUUGCUUUCUCUCCGUUUGGAUGACAAGAUUCAGUGGAGCUAUUGGGCAGUGUUUGCUCCAAUAUGGCUAUGGAAGUUAAUGGUCAUUGUUGGUGCCUCAGUAGGAACUGGGGUAUGGGCACGGAACCCACAAUAUCGAGCAGAAGGAGAAACAUGUGUGGAGUUCAAAGCCAUGUUAAUUGCAGUAGGGAUUCACUUAUUACUUCUGAUGUUUGAAGUGCUAGUCUGUGAUGGAAUCGAGAGAGGAACACGCUUCUGGCUUUUAGUCUUCAUGCCACUAUUCUUUGUGUCUCCAGUCUCGGUUGCAGCUUGUGUGUGGGGAUUUCGGCAUGAUAGAUCUUUGGAGCUGGAAAUCCUAUGUUCUGUCAAUAUUCUCCAGUUUAUCUUUAUUGCACUCCGACUAGAUGAAAUCAUCAAGUGGCCUUGGCUUGUUGUCUGUGUCCCUCUGUGGAUUCUGAUGUCCUUCCUGUGUUUGGUUGUUCUCUACUAUAUCGUCUGGUCUGUUCUGUUCCUACGCUCAAUGGAUGUGAUUGCUGAACAAAGAAGAACACACAUAACAAUGGCAAUCAGUUGGAUGACAAUCGUGGUUCCAUUACUCACCUUUGAAAUCCUGCUUGUGCACAGAUUGGAUGGACACAACACAUUCUCAUACAUACCCAUAUUUGUUCCUCUCUGGCUUUCACUAAUAACUUUAAUGGCAACGACAUUUGGACAGAAAGGAGGCAAUCAUUGGUGGUUUGGAAUUCGCAAAGACUUCUGUCAGUUCCUACUUGAAAUUUUCCCAUUCCUAAGAGAGUAUGGCAACAUUUCUUAUGACCUGCAUCAUGAAGAUAAUGAGGAAACAGAAGAAACCCCUGUCCCAGAACCUCCCAAAAUAGCUCCAAUGUUUCGAAAAAAGACUGGUGUAGUCAUCACCCAGAGUCCUGGGAAAUACGUUAUACCACCUCCCAAGCUAAACAUUGAUAUGCCGGAUUAAAAGCAAGCCCAGAACUAGGUGGCAUAUAGUCAAGACUAGCCUCCUGACUUAAACCACGGCUGGGAAUCUGUGGCCAACAUGGUUUUUUAUCUCAUGCCUUUUGUUUUCAUUUGUUUAUGGAUAGACGUGUGCCUCAGUGGCUUGUAAUAAAGAUAAUGAAUAUUUGUGUUAAUAUAAUUUGUCAGUUUCCAUACAUUUGUGUAUGAAAUACCAUGCCAGUAACACACACACAAAAGAAUGCAAUAGCAGUGGUAAGAUUCACAAAUGGAAAACAUCUUCCUAAGUCGUCUUUUGCAGAGCAUAAUUUACUAUUUUCAGCUGUGAGCAUCAAAUGCAUGUAGAGUUCAUUAACAACACAAGUUUUUUUUUCUGAGAUCUGAUUAAGCAUUUUACAUUUCAAACUGGUCUGCAGUUACACAUGAGUUAAUCCUGCUGAAUCAGUGAUCUUUGUAUGCAUAUAACUGUAAACUGGGUUGCAGCCACACAGUGUCAGAAGAGGAAAGGAUGUUUUUUAUUUGUGAACCUUUCUGACUGGUUAAAGUGUGCCUGUAUAGUAUUUAUAUGACCUUUUGGCAAUGUAAUAUAUUACAAAAUGUAAAUAUGUAAAAGUAUUUUUUAAAACACUGUAUGAAGUGCAUAAUCUAUUGUGAGUGACAUAUUUUGUGUUAAACUGUGUAUACUGGGUUGGAGCCAGAUUUAGUCAUCCUGUGUCAUAAGUAAUUUAUGUCCCAUUGAUUUUAUUGGGUCCACUGUACUAAAUCUGAAUGCAGCCCAUGGCUCCCAUAUAAAUUGAAGCACCUCAGCCAUGUGAUGUUGUAUCAGCAUGCUUCUUGCCCCUUCAUUUCCCCAUUGAACCAUGAACACUAUGUUUCAGGCAUGUCCUCAGGUAGGAUUUGAAGGUUCUUCCUCUGUUAGUGGAUCAAAUUUACCUUGAUAAAGGUAUGUAAAUUAUUGUGUAAAUAACGAUAAUCUUUGUACUGUCUAGAGAGGAAGGAGGGAACUGGCUUUUUGAAAAGUUGCCUUUCCACUUUUGUUAAAAUGUUAUUGUUGGAUAAUACCUUAUUUCUCUUUCCCCCCAUCUUUGGCUGUUCAUUAAAGUUUCUUCCUCUA